AUGGAAACCCAAGAUAGGCCGGCAACAUGCCUAGAAAAGGUUGCAAUGACAUUUGUAGGUACAGUUAACAACCUGUUUUUCUUAAUCGUUAUGUCAAGUGCUCAAAGAAUCGUUGAACAUUAUAAUGAAAAAGGAGCUGUACCUGCUGUCGACAUGGCUUGCACAUUUUGCGGACUCUUUGCUGGAUCUGUCAAUACCUUAUUCUCAGCAUUAAACUUCACAUACGAUUUUAGAUUCUUCACAAAUGCUUCUUUAAUGGCAAUUGGUCUCAUUGGAUGUGCAUAUGCUCCAAAGUUUUGGACAUGCUUAAUUUCCAUCCUCUUCGUCGGGUUUUCAUGUAAUUUUGGCGAAUCCGUAACUCUGGGAUACUUGGCAUAUAUAAAUAAAUCUUCGCUAAUGAAAUUCUGGGGAAUUGGAACUGGAACUGCUGGUAUAUUAGGAAGUUUAUUCUCAAUUCUCGUUAUUUCAUUCAAAUUCGAUUACAAAUAUUCAUUUUUAUCAUUACUUCCAUUAGUUGCCAUCUACUUUUGCUCAUACUUCUUUAUACUUAGAGAAAAGAAGAAAGGAAAUGAGCAAUUAAAUUCAACCGCUUUAUUAUCUCAGCAAGAAACUGAACCAACUCAUCCAGAUGAAAAGGUUAAGGUUUGGUCUUGGUCUUAUCUUCGUAAGAUCAUUUACUAUAUAAUUACUUGUGAUACUGUUUAUUUUGCUCAAUAUGUUAUUGCCUCUGCAUUUUACGAUUGCGCUCAUACACAAGAGUUCCAAAAGACUCACAAAUACUUCUUUCCACUCUUACUUCUCGUCCAGCACGUCGCAGUUUUACUUUUCGCUUCGACUCUUACUUUCUUCGAAUUUCCACAUCUUACGUACAUGGCUUUGUUCCAGAUGUUUAACUUUUGCAUCUGGCUAUCGCAAGCAAUGCUCCACUGGAUGACGACCUGGUCAGAAUUCUUAUUUGUAUUUUUAGUUGGCGCAAUGGGCGGAUUGAGCUAUGCAAACACAUUCAACAUGAUAUUGAAAGAUAAGAACCUUACGCAGAAGGAGAGUGAACUCGGAACAAAUAUUACAGCUCUUACUGAAACAAUUUCUGUUCUUAUUGCAACAGGUUUCGGUCAGAUCGCUGAGAAGACAUUCCUUAAGCCAUAUGUUCCUCAAUAG